AUGCCUACCUCCAACGAAAUUGAGCUCUCUUACCAGGGCCGCAUUGCCAUCAUCACACUCAAUCGACCAUCAAAGCUUAACGCAUUGGACGCCGACCUUUAUUAUGAAUUGGGUGAAAAGCUGCGAGAAGUCGCUGCACGCGACGAUAUCUACAUCACUAUCUUGACCGGAAGAGGCCGGUACUUCUCCGCAGGCGCCGAUGUUCGUUCUACCAAGCCUUCGACUGGAAAUUCCGACAUCCGUCGACAAAUCGUUCGUAAUUUUGUUGUCAAUAAUCUUGAUAUCACCCGCGCUUUUUAUAAUCAUCCGAAGAUCCUCAUUAUGGCUCUAAAUGGUCCUGCUGUCGGUCUUUCUGCCGCGCUCACUGCCUUCGGAGACUUCAUCUAUGCUGCGCCCCACACAUUUCUCCUUACACCUUUUUCAUCUCUGGGACUUGUGACCGAAGGUGGCGCUAGCCGGGCUUUUGUUGAGCGUUUGGGUAUUUCCAAAGCAAACGAAGCUUUACUGAUGAGCAAGCGGAUCCCAAUUGAAGACCUCGUAUCAACAGGGUUUGUAAACAAGGUGAUUAUUCCGUCGAGUGGGAGGCAGGAUGAUUCCGACGAGUUUCUGAAGCUGGUAUUGGAGGAGGUGGAGGAUCGGCUGGGGAAGCAUCUGAAUCAGGAUAGUCUGUUGAAGAUGAAGAGUUUAAUUCGCAUGCAUGAGAGGGAGAUUCUUGAUCGUCAGAAUGUCCAUGAGGUGUUCAUGGGCAUGGAAAGGUUUUUGGCUGGCAUCCCACAAGAGGAGUUUCGGAAGAUUGCAGCAGGAGAAAAGAAGCAUAAAUUGUAG